GUGCCAUAGUCUAUGAUGCUUUCAAGCAGCAACCCGGCUAGGUUGACACCGAGAUUAUGCUAGAUACUGGAGUCCCGUAUUAUUUCAGUUCUGAAAUGCCUGGUGCCCUCUGGAUGGGUCUUGUUACUUUUGGUUUUAACGUGCAAUAUCGCAUUCCUUUGAAUUCCCUGUGAACAAGGUUUGUUCGAGGACAACAAACUACGAAAUUCGACAAUGGCUGCGCAAACAAAGAUGAAUGUGCAGUCGUUUCCCCGUCCGCCCUUGCUGGAAAAGGUAUCUCGGCAUUUGCAGAUCCUCUGGAACGGCCAAGUGGUAGCAGACACCAGAGAUGCCUACAGGGUGCUAGAAACUCAUCAUCCGCCUACGUAUUAUUUUCCGCCGGCUUCGGUCAGAGUUCCAUUGAAACGGACGCCUCGAACCACAUUCUGUGAGUGGAAAGGUGCCGCAACCUACUACUCCAUCACGGCGCCAGGAUCAUCAUCUACCGGGGAGCCAGAGAUUGUGUUCAACCGUAUCUGGUCAUACGAGUUUCCGACGCCAAACUUUGAAGCGAUCAAGGGACAUUUUUCGUUCUACGCUGAUCCGUGGGAUUGUUUUAUCAACGGCGAGGCCGUCCAGCCUCAGCCAGGCGACUUUUAUGGCGGAUGGGUGACUUCGGAGAUCGAAGGUAUUGUCAAGGGAGCUCAUGGCAACUGGGAUCCUGUCGUAUGAGGGCUCUAUAGACAGGAUGGAAGACAUGAAAUCUUGUACGCUGGGCAGAUACUACCUCAGGAACUGACAUUGUUUUUGGGAAAAACAUAGUGCUCGCAAGGGUGGACUACCAUUCCCGUAUAAGCCGUGUGCUCAUGUACCGGUAAUGCCAUUCUCGCUCAAGAUCGCCCCCCCCGCCUUAUCCACAACCCAUUAUGCGGACGGAUUGGCAAAGCAUGUCGAGUGCUCUCACGCUAGAUACGUGAUCGUAUGGAACGAACGGCAAGUGUUCGAGCGGUCGUAGCUUCUUUCAUAUGAUCAUAUCGUAGGUACCGAAGCUGCCGGCCCGGUUAUCCUUCCAGUUCGCCACCGGCACGAGAUGAUCAACCCACAUGAAGCACAUGGGUUGCUCGAGGCCACCCUGCAGCCAUCCACCUGCCGCGCAUACGCGUCCCGCAAUGGACAAACCCAAUGUCAACCAUGAUGGAUGGAGUCAAGCG